UAAUGUACUUAAGUAGGUGAGUGUAUUAUGCUUUUGAGAGAGCAAUGAGAAAUGGCCAAAAGAACUUGAAUUCCAGUAUGAACGGUGUGGUCUGUGGUCUUGGAACUGCUCAAUCUACUCUCACUCUCUACAAUCACCAGAGAAAAAUAGUUUCUUUGGUAUUAUGUCUACAAUUUGCAACUUGUUUGGGGAGCAGCUAGAAAAGUAGCAUGUUGAUGAAAAAUCUGAAAGUGAAUGAAUAUGGAAAUUCAACCACUAUAGCUCCCAGGAAUUAUGUGUUUGGAGAUCAUAUUUUUGAGGAAAGGUAAAAAACAGAACACUGUUGUGGUUCAUUAGGAAGGCUUUGAGUAUAAAGAGGAGAAGGAUAAAUAAAUUUGAAGGCUGAGUUCUCUUCACAGAUUAGGAAUGUUUCUUGUUGCUACUCAGCUGACAGAAUUCCUUCAUUUCCUCGGAAAUGUGCAUUUGCUUCAUUCUUUGCUUGUAUUGCAAGCUCACACAACAAGAAGACAUGAGUUUUGUCCUACAAUAAGUGCUUGGUAGAAGUUCUUUCUGAAUGCUACUCCAACACAAAUAUAAAAGAAGUUCCCUCAUUCAGUUUUACUUCUCUUUAUGUGAAACGAAAAGAAGCAGCUCUACAGUAAGCAGAAGACUAUGAUCUUCUGAACUAGGAUCAAGCCUGCGGGCAAAGGACAGUAUGAACAUGAAAGAGAUUUUCAUCCUGCUGCUGCACCUGUAUUUGGUCUCCAGUGUUCAAGCCAUUCGAGAGAGCAUCCCUAUGAAAAGCUUGAGCUGCUUGAAUGACUACAACUCACAGGUCACCUGCACGUGGAUGGAGCAUUCAGAUGCUCAUGACCUUGUUGGUAUGAUUCUUUACCACAGGGAUGAUGUUCUAAUGGAGAACAAGGAGAUGUAUUGCAAACGCCAGACAGAAAAUGAGUUACAUGAGACUCCUGAUGUGUACGUGCGCUGGGUCUGUCGCAACUCUACAGACUAUUUUGGAAUGGGGGUAGAAGAUAUUUAUGGCUUCAGACCUAAUAAGAUGCUUCAAGCAGAACUAAAUGUUGAUCUUUUCCAAAAUGUUCAGCCCCUCCCACCUCAGAACCUCUCAGUCAGCUUGAUGACAUCAGGAGACUUCUUGCUGACCUGGAAAACAGCUGAUGAAAGCCAAAUGCUGGGCAAUGCACUGGAGUAUGAAGUCACUUACAAGCGGGAAUGGGAGUCCUGGGAGGGAGCUGCCUCGCUCUUGCUCUCCAACACCACCCACUGCAAUCUCAGCCGUGAGGACCUUGUCCCAGGGAGCAGCUACAUUGCCCGUGUGCGAGCCAGACCGGGGCAGGCCAGUGGCUUCUCUGGGCAGUAUAGUGAGUGGAGCAUGGAGGCAUCGUGGAAGACCCCUGAAGGUAGUAUAGGAUGGAGAGGGGCUGUGCAGGGUUGGAAGCUCUGGCUGAGAAGCCAGACCUUUCCUGUCACUUGUUUCUCUGAAGGCGGCCUUCAGCCCAGGAACCUUCGCUGCCUCUUCAAUGGUGGAGAUCGUCUGACCUGCAGCUGGGAAGUGAAGAAAGCGAUCACCACCUCUGUCGUCUUUGGCUUGUUCUUCAGGGCCACUCCAUCAUCAGAAGAAGAGGAAUGCUCUCCUGUGCAUGAGAAGACUUUGCCCCACGUCCCGUAUGUGGUGCAGAGCUGUGAAAUCCUUGUUAGCAAUUCCAGCAGCCAGAGCCAGUACAACGUGUCUGUCCGGGCCAAGACGGAGGAGAAACUGAUUGAAACCUACAAGAACAUUCAGGUGCUGCCACCUGCAAAUGUGUCAGUAAAAGCAACAGAGAACCAAGAGUAUGAACUGAGAUGGAUAAAACACACUAUGGGAUACGACUUCAUAACACAGAGAUACCAAGUUGAAUACUGGGAAAACAACCGAUAUGAAAAGACUCUCCAGAAGUUAAAUAUCAGCAAUGAUGAACCUCCUUUCAUCUUCACUCUGCAGAUGCUGGCAGCAUCUACAGAAUAUAGGGGGAAAAUGCGUGCAAGGGUGAAUACGCCCGUGGAUUAUGAGGGGCCUUGGAGUGAAUGGAGUGAGGAGUUCACCUGGAAGACUGAGAACGUUCUGCCACCAGUGGUUCUCCCAGUGAUGCUCCCAGUUCUCAUCAUCACUUUGCUAAUAGUUGCUUGUUGCAGCUAUAAAUAUUUCCUCAGGAAGAAGAAAAUGUGGGAGGAAAAUAUUCCAAACCCCAGAAAGAGUCUCCUGAUCCAGAGCUACGUGGGGAAAGCACAGUUGGGAAACUGGCCAACAAGCAACCAACUGGACUUCAACAAAUACAGCCUUUCAGAGAAGAUGGAGCAGGCUAGUUUCCUUCAAGUUCUGGACAGGCAGGCGAAGACUUUGGCAGAGUGCCCUGAAGGGCAGACAGAAAAGACAGGUGUUUCCCUUGUUGCACCAGACCUACAGAACUCAUACCAUGCUUUAAAUGAGGCAGAGCAUGCCCCAGUUGUCUGCUCUAGUCAGAUUGCUGGUCAUUCCUUUCCUGUUUCAAGGAAAAACAGUGCUGAUGCAAGUAUUGCUUCCCACACAGCAAUCCCUUGCUUUGCUUUCAAUGGUCCAUACUUGUACAGUCCAGUGAUAUCCUCCCACCCUGAUAUACAUCAGUCCUUGGAACUGGACCAGGUGGGACUCUGUAAGAAAUCGGUUUCCCUUCAGUAUGUGACUCUCCCAAGGGAAGACUGUCCUCAGGCUCCACAGAGGCAAGAAGAGCCAGAAGCAGGUCCUCCAAAGCCCUACCUACUCACAGAUCAGAAGGAAAUGAUGCAGCACCUCAGCGAUAAGGAAGAAGUCUCACCAGCCCCACCAGCCUGUGGGAAAGGCACCAAGAUGGAAACAGAAGAAGAGAGCUCUCCAAAAGCCCUCAGCUGUACCACAUCUCCUCAGCAGUGUCCCUUGGAGUACAUCACCACAGAGACCCCAUUACUGCCAUCAGCCAGUGCCUCCACCCAUCCUCCACUUGUCACUGCUGGGGAGUCACCUGGUGGCUCACAGGAGCCCCAGCCCCCCAGUGACCACUCUUGCCAUGAGUUUUCUCCUGGGAAAACUGGUGUCAUGGUCCAAGUUUCAGGUCAAGCACCAACCUCUUCUCCUGAAUUGCACCUUGAGAGGUUUGGAGACUAUCUUACUCUGCCUUUAGGCCUCAACAGACAUUCAGAAGCCACAAAGAUUCCUUUGCCUGUCUUACAGAAGGAAAAUGGUCUUCCUAGAAAGCAGCCUUUGUCAGAGGGUAACUUAGUGGUGUUGAACCCUGACAGCACUGAGCCAGUUUUCCUUUGCCAGGUUGGUGACUAUUGCUACCACAGCCUAAAACCCAGUGUGAAGAUGGAUAAUGGUCAGGAAGACCACCAAGUCAAGAAACUUUCUGAGGGCAAGACAACACUUGGGAAGCCUGUAUCUGAUGAUGACUCCAUCACUGGCAAGGAAAAGGAUGUAUCAAAAAUGCAGGCUAUUCAGCUUUUCAAAAUCCUGAAAUCAGAUGAUUACUUUUCCUGGCAGCAAUCUUUGAGGAUCAAAGAAAUCUCCUAAAUGGGCAAAUACUAAUGAAUACCGAAGAGACUGAUAACUGAAAGAGGCUGCAACUGUCUGAUGAAAAUGAACCUUCAAACCAAGGAAUAAAUAAACACCAGUUUCAUUUUCAAGCUUCCAGUCCAAUGUGGAAAAACUUGAAGUAGCUCAGUAUCAUUCUCAGUGCUCUUCACAUGUUUGGCAUAAAAUACAUAUAUUUGCCUUUGGUGUUUUUCAAACUUUUUGACUUAUCCACAAUGAUCAAUUUAUCCUCCUUAUGAUCCUGUGACAGAUCACAAUCAUCUUGCAAUUAUACCAGAUUGCCUGGCAAAAUUGAUGGCAGGAAAUGCAGACUUAACAGAAGAAGACAAGCUUGGAAACCUUGGAAAGAAAACUUAGAUUCUUAAGAGCAAUUUUGUUGAACUUCUGUGUGUUUAUAAAAUUGAUCUAAAAGCCACCAAGGAACUUUCAUAUCUCUGCCUUUCCACUAUAGCAUGAAAUAGGUAUUGUCUAAGGCAAAAAACUCCAAAAACCGAAAACCAAAAACAGGAUAGUUAUAGAAGGGUAACUGUAAAAUGUGAAAAAAAAAUGUUGAAGUCCAGGAAAGCUUUCUUAAUGUUAAUGUGCAGUAUAUCACAGCAAAUACUAAGGAUAAGAAGGUAACGUUAGUGGAAUACAUAAAGUAGGCUGUAGAGAACCAUUUGGAAGAAGAAACAUGGCUGAAAGAAAAACCAAGGACUCCUAAGGUUCAGUGAGAGAGAGGGAGUGGGGCAGGUAACAGAAAAUGGCACACAAGAAAUGUUGGGAAGCUGCACAAGCUUAAAUCUGCUGCAACUUUUCUAUUUAUAAGUGUUAAAAUACUAUAUGAUUUUAAGUUCAUUGACUGUUUAUACAUAAUAUUCUUAAUCUUAACUGUGUAAUCGAUUCUUUGGGUUUUUUUUCCUGAGUAAUAAGAUGGGUUGAGAAAGAGAAGACAUUUUUUCCCAGUUUUGUUGUAAAGAAAGUGGUGUAAGGAAAGAGCAUUUGUUCAGAGCUGUGACUUUGUGACCAGUGAAAAGGUUUUGAUUUCAGACUUGAAGGUAGACUUGCAUUCAAAAAAAAAAUUUCUUUUUUUCAAAUAUAAAAUCUGUACUAAUAAAAAUAUUAUUUCUUCAUAUAAAUGUUUCCUUUCAUAUGUUAAAAUAUUGUGGUUACAAUAAAAUUACUAUUAGCUUGUUUGAUUAGGCCUCAAAAAAUUCUGUAUGUUAGUUAUGCCACUUGUGAGGUAGGACACUUUCUCCUAACUUUGCUAUAUUAUUUGACAGAGGUAAUGAGUUCUGUGUUUCUGCCAGCUGAUUCCUCCUGCUGGGUUAAUGGGACAGUGCUGAUUCAGAAAUUGCAGUGAAAUGAAUUGUUUUUUGAGGAUUUCAUUCUCAGAAAUACCAUUUUAAAUCUGAAAGGUGUGCAAAUUGAGUUUGGUGUUCUUGACAGCAAAAGAUAUGCAGUUAUAGCCUCUGAUAGAGAAUAUUGAUGACCACUUAGAGAGAUUUUCAAUGUAGACCUUUUGUAAUCAAUGGAUUUUUUUGGCCUUUCAAGAGUGGCACAAUUAAUUUCUUCCAGGCUGUAUGAUUGUGCUCUAUCUAAGCAUGUCCUAAAAGGAGAUGUUUAAAUUCAUAUGCAAAUUUUGUAUCUGGAUUCACAUCUUAGAUAUGCAUCACUUUCCUGGGCCUUGAAUUGCUGGGGUUUAAUAAUCAAGAAGAAUAGUGAGUGGGAGAACUUUUAUUCAACUCAGUGGCUUUUGAAUGGAGCCCAUUUGCAUUGUUAUCAGCACUCUAAGAGCUCUCUGUUCCUUCUGUCCCUCUGCACUUCACUGGGCAUUUGCAGGGGCUGAUUUUGGAGACAGGAUUUACAGACACAAGCACAUAAUAUCCACAGAGUGGAUAUUAUCGUCUGAAGAUCACUUCAGGAGCCUGGAACUUGCAGAGUAACAUGCCAUUGUCCAACUAGGGGAACUGAGCAGUGGUUUUCUUUGCAACUAUAACAAUCGGUUUAGGGCAGAAUGAAUUUCCGCUCUAGGGACUCCUUGUUCAAUAUCUGUUUAAGUAUUAUUAAACAAAAUCUGUAAUGAAUGUUGGAAGCAGGGCUCAUAAUCUACAGCUCUGCUCUGCCAGAGGAAUCCACUUUUUACUGGGUUACCGAAUCAAAACUUCCAUAAACUUCUUCUGGUGCUGAUCCUAUGAAUCUUCCAUGCUCUUCUGCAUGAGAUCCAGGUGCAGUGCUGGUGGUAAAAAGCAUUUUACAAUACUGUGAUCUGGUGUGGUGAUUCAAGACUUAGAAGCUGUCAUGACUCCCAGGUCUUCAACUUCCUGAUCAUUAGCUUAAGCCCCAAAGUUACUGUGCAAAAGCAGGUUGCUGCUACCUUUCCCAGUGCUAGGCACUUAUAUGCAGGAGAGGAAUCAUCAUUCUGAUGAUUCAGGAGCCAAUUAUGACAUGCCCCUCUCUGUAUGGCUUCUCACUAAGUAGUUCCAGCCCCACAGCCUGUAUAUCUGCGUGAUGAGCCACCGAUGUUUCUGAUAUAGUAAAAAAAAGAGAGGUUUUGUCUUUUAUGUAAGGAAGGAAAAUGGGGCUGAAUGAUUUGCUAGAAAAAGAAACCUGCAGUGGAAAGCCCUCCAAGACCUCAAGGAAUGAUAGCUGGAGAAUUUCUGAGAAUCACAGAAUCAUAGAAUCCUGUACCUCUACAGGGUAACGGAAAACAAA